AGCUGAUGCAGCUUAUAGUAUUUGUAAUACCAAAAAAAACACAGACAGCUUUUAUAACUGUAAGCAUGUCUAAUAGUCUUUUUUUAAACCUGGGAUCACAUGGAAUUAUUAUUAUUAUUAUUAUUAUUAUUUAUUUCUUAGCAGACGCCCUUAUCCAGGGUGACUUACAAUCGCAAGCAAAUACAUUUCAAAUCCAGCUGCACCUGUGAGAAUUGUGGCUGGUGCUUUUCUAAACCAUUGGCUAGCUAAAUCGCCGCUACUGUUCAGUUAACUGGCAAUUAUCUUCAUAUUUCCUUUGGGAAAUAUACUGUAUACAACUGAAGGUUGAAUACAACGGAAAUACAACAGUGCUGCAGAUUGGUUUCCUACAGAUGCAUUCCAGAGUAUUAUACAAUUAUAGCUGAUUACCGCACAUAAGAGCGACAUACAUGUUUUGGAGGCUCCAGGGGGCCGGCAUGUGCUGUCAUGAGAUGACUGAGGGGAGGCAGCUUUGUCAAUGUCUGUGUUCAUGCCAUGUUGUUCAUUAGUCAACAAAGAAUCCAGUGACUCAGCUGCUUCCUUGUGUUGCCAGAAUGCCUUCUUGUAAAGAGGUUGGAAUCGGGCUUGGAUAAAAAUUCUGAAAAACAUUUCAAAACAUUUUGACAAAAGAAUAAGGAAAGAGUUGGAUCUACAAAAUAACAGAUGCCCACCUUCUGUCGGUUAAAUUUGCCUUCCUGACCGUUUUCUCCGCUCUGCCGGACAUUUUGAUUUUGAAGGAUACAGUCUCUUUGCCUGACCCACCUCCCCACUACUCUGCUCUAGAUUUUCAGUGAGACAAAGCUGACAACCCAAGUGAGAUGGUAAGCCCAUUGGGUAUGCUUGGACACUGAUCACAGCUUGUCGGAGAUGAGAGGAUAACCUGACGAUUUACUUUUGAGAAAUUAAGAGAGACCUUCAACAUGAAUACAGAUAGCGGUGGAUGUGCUCGCAAACGUGCUGCCAUGUCUGUCACAUUAAGAGCUAUGAAGAGAGUCCAGAGUUCUCCAAACCUAUAUAUGGGUUCAGGUAAUGACCCCCAGUCAUCAGAUUCAGACGUCUGGAGAUCUUGCAGUGCUAAUGACGGGCUUAGAAAUGGUGAUGCAAGCAGUUCAUCUCUCGCAGCCAAAGGCUUCAGAAGCGUCAGGCCGAAUCUACAAGACAAGAAGUCUCCAACACUGGCACCACCUCCACCCCCUAGGAAAGACAGCUUUCAUUUGUCCCCUCUUUGCAAUAAGCAAAAUAAAGCACCUGCUUCUAGUUCUAGUCGUAGUCAAAUGCAUGAACCACCCUUUGACGUUGCCCAGUUAGAUGUUCAAUAUUUAACAAAUGAGGAGGCUAUGCAAGAAGAUUCCGGAAACACCAGUACCAGUACAUCUUUUUCUUAUAGAGAGAAGACCUCCUUUAAAUCUAAGACAACAACCUCUAAUUUUUCAGCAGAUGGCACUAAUGUCUCUCCUCAAGCCAGUAACAGCCAGACUCAAGAACGCAAAGUUUCUGCCCUCAAAUUAACCUUAUCAGAAGGUCAAGAUGCCACUAAUAUUCCCAGUGCACAGCAGAAGUUUAACCACACUGCAGAAGUAAAACUUAAAGAGCACUCCUUGUCACCUCAAGAUCCUAAAAGCCAGCUUGAGAGACACACAGCUUCUCUUUCCAUUCAGAUUACCCCAACCAUUGUUCAAAACACAGAACCUGGGCCUGUGGUUGCUCAGGGGCAGUCACCAGUUCGUUCUACAGAAACCAAAUGGAUGACAUCUACGGACGCAAGACAGACAUCUUCAUUCUCAUCUUCAGCAAGGAGUCAAGUGCUUGAAAGCCAGACAUUUUCUUCAAAAGCCGCUCAGACAGGCAGGCAAACCUCACCAGAAGCCUCCCUGCCUCCUCCACUGGUACCCAUUAACAGAUCAUGUUUCUCACCUGACAGCUACGCCAGUGUAGAGCCAAUUAGCUUGCUGAAAGUAGAUUACUUUGUCCCUGCACGUCUGCAGAAGACCUUAACCCCAGCCCCAUACUUCUGCUCCCCGAGUCCUGAAAACCCACUGCACUUGAAUGAAACAGCAUCCACUGCCACAGAUUCCAUUUUCAGUGAAUAUUCAUCUUGCACAUUAAGUGAGUCCUCCACAGCCAUUCUAGAUGAGCUUCAUAUCUGUGGCUUUGACACCACUGAAAGUUCUGAAACACCUUCCCCGGCUUUGAGUCAGAUGUCUGCUGUAACUGAUGACUCCACCUUAACCUCCACUGCCACAGUCACUAAUGGCCAGAUGACAGUGAACGGGAAUCCAGGCAUUGCUAGCAGCCCUCUGAGUCAUUUACAAAGACCCUUCUCCCCUCCUUCAGAUUACCCUCUUUCAGAUUACCCUCCUCCACCACCUCUCAAUCCAAACAGCCUUGUCAUGCAACACAGCCGCAGCAUGGAAUUGUCUGAAACCAUGACACAGGAACCCUAUUCUCAUGGCUACACUGCAGUGAGCCCAGUACCAAUCUGUAGGACGUCUGAAGAGGAGAAGAGAGUGUCUAUUAUUAAAGCACCUCAUUAUUCAGGGAUUGGGCCAGUUGAUGAAUCUGGAAUUCCAAUUGCUAUGAGAACGACGGUGGACAGGCCAAAGGAUUGGUAUAAGACCAUGUUCAAGCAAAUUCAUAUGGUGCACAAACCAGAUGAUACAGAUGGCGAUACGUACAAUGCCACCUAUGCAUUUGUAAAUACUGAUAAUUACAGCCCAUCAAACCCAAUGCAGGCACACCCUGCGCCCAAGACCUACACAUACCGGCCUUUGUCGAAGAGCAUCUCCGACAACAGCACUAGCACCUUUAAAGACUCAUCGCCUUUGCUUCCCCCUCCUCCACCGCCAAUGCCAUCUCUAUCCCAGCUGAGACCACUGGAGAGAGCCACGCUUGAAAUGAAUGAAUGGGGACCUCCGGACAGAAAAGUUGAUACCCGAAAAUACCGUGCUGAACCCAGGAGUAUUUUUGAGUACGAGCCAGGGAAAUCAUCCAUUUUACAGCAUGAAAGACCGAUUUAUGGCAUACACGCAGAUGAGAUAGAUUUAGAAAAUGAACCCUGGUAUAAGUUCUUUUCUGAACUGGAAUUCGGACGUCCGCCUCCUAAAAAACUUUUGGAUUAUAUGCCAGAAAGCUCUCCGGGUGUCUCCACCAAGAUCUCUUUGUAUCACCCUUCAGCGGAGAGAACUCCAGAAAGACCAUCUAGCUCGGCAAGUGACUAUAGAAAAAGACGGAAGUCUGAGCCUGCUGUAAGUGAUCAGAGAGCACACAGCAAUCAAAAUGCAAAUCAGACCUCUCCAAGGGCUGCCGACAUACAGGGGAAGAAUAACACACUCAGAAAGCCAUUGACUAGUUCCUCUCCCUCUUCUCCAUCUAGAGUGAAAGGUGGGGAUAUUAGCAAAAUGUACUUACCCCUUUUAAGUUGUUCAGGUCCCAACCAGAAUGCCUCACAUGCGUUAGACUACAGUUACGAUCACAAUCAGCCUUUCCCGGUCAUUCCACUGGGCUCAAAGAGGUCAAUCAGCUUCAAGAACGGAUGGCAAAUGAACCGGCAAGAUGCAGAAACUUGGAGUAGCGCAGAAGAAACAGUAUCGCCAAAGCUGAAGUCUCGCAGCUGCGACGAUCUUCUGACCGAUGAACACGAGAGUUUAGCUGAAACGCAGACGAGGUCUGAAAGUGUGGGGUCACUGAUGUGUGACGAAGAACUCAAAGAUUCCUAUUUUAGGGUGCGCUGUGAGGGAUCAGAGCCCCGCAUUCCCAGAACUCGACACAGAUCAGCGCACAACGCUCCAGGAUUCUUAAAGCUGUACAGGAAGAUGCACCACAUCAACCGAAAAGACUUGUUAAACUCCGAGGUGAUUUGCUCAGUAAAAUCCAGGAUAUUACAGUAUGAACAAGAACAGCACAAAUGCAUGCUUGCAGGCUGGAGAGAGUUCAGUGAGGAGGUUCCCAGAGACAUGGUGCCAACAAGGAUUUCUGAAUUUGAAAGAAUGAUCCAAAAAUCCAAAUCCAUGCCAAAUCUUGUUGACGAAACAUUAUCUGAUGGUACUUUAGACUCCUCUAAAAGGGGAACAUGUCCCAAGCGCCGCUUUUCCAUUGAGUCGUUACUGGAUGAGGAACAUCCAAACAGAAAUCCCACUGAGGGGCAAAAGCAAUUCUACAAGUCAAAAACUGUGGUGCCAAUCCACAUCGAAGUCACCAAUGAACAUCAGCAACGGACAGCAUCCCAAUUUGAUUACUCAGGCAGCGAGCAUGACCCAGUGGUGUCCGACCUCAGUGACUUUGUUCAGAUCGAGGGUUCUUCGUUUUGCAGUGAUAGUGACUUUGAUCAUUUCUCCUUCACCUCUUCGGAAAGCUUUUACGGGUCAGGCCACCAUCAUCAUCAUCACCACCAUCACAAACACCUGGUCAGCUCCUGCAAGGGCAGAUGCCCAGCCUCCAACACCAGGUUCACCACUAUGCUUAAGCACGAAAGGGCUAAGCAAGAAAGGAAGGAGCAGCUAAAGAAAGAAGAAGCUGAGUCAGGCUUGUCAAAGUUAGCAUUCCUAGUCAGCCCAGUGCCUUUCAGGAGAAAAAAAUGCUUGCCUCCUCAAAAACGAACUCAAAAACCACAAUCAAAGACCUCAGUGUAUGAAGCACUGGACUCGGCUUUAAAGGACAUCUACGAACACAUUAAAGCUGAAAAAAGGAGGGGGAGCCUUCCAGAUAACAGUAUAUUACAUAGACUCCUAGCAGAACUGCUUCCUGAUAUUCCUGAAAGAAACUCCUCCCUCAAAGCCGUGAGGAGGAGGAGCCCUUUAAAACAGCCUUAUCAACAGCAGCCCCAAGAUGGCCUUGUGAAUUAUGCUUCAUACCAGACGGAUUCUGGAAGAUUACCCCUCAGUUCUUCGUAUCAAGAAAUGGACACCAACAACAACCAAGGGAACGAUCAUGCACAGUGUUAUCAAGCUCGGGAAUCCUCUAGGGUCUUUUCUUCUUAUGCUGAUGUGGGUCGAUAUACUCCAACAAGAGGAACUCCAGAUAGAGAGAAGCAGCAAGCCAGAGCAAUAUAUGAUUUUAAGGCUCAAACAUCAAAGGAACUGACAUUCAAGAAAGGAGAUAUGGUCCUCAUCCUCAGGCAGAUCGAUCAAAACUGGUAUGAGGGAGAGCAUCAUGGGCGAGUGGGGAUCUUCCCCAUUUCAUAUGUUGAGAAAGUAUCAUUGACAGAAAAAUCUCAGCCAGCAAGACCGCCCCCGCCAGCACAGAUAAGAGAGAUAGGAGAGGCUGUGGCCAAAUACACCUUCACAGCAGACACUAAUGUGGAGCUGUCACUGAGAAAGGGAGAGAGAGUCGUACUUCUUCGACAAGUGGAUCGGAAUUGGUAUGAAGGGAAGAUACCUGGAACCAGUAAACAAGGAAUAUUUCCAGUGUCCUAUGUGGAUGUCAUCAAGAAGAGCUCAAGUAGAAGCCUAGGCGACUAUCCGGAUCCAUCAAUACCUCAGAGCUAUUCCAGUGAUACGAUACACACCUUAGCUUCUACAAAGACUUCUUCCCACCCGAGGUUCAGUACUCCAUCCCCUACUCUCAGACAUCACUCCUCACCUUCCCUUAUUCCACAAAAAAAUCCUGAUAUUCAAGCUAUCACCAGUGAGUGGAUCUCCCUGACUGUUGGGAUGUCUCCCACCAGCACUCCUGCCCCCACUCCCCCUCCCUUCCCAAGCAGCCUCCUGUCUGGCUUGGAAGAGUUCAACUCUUUGGCGCCACUGGCUUCUACUUCGCUAGGAACCGCUUCUCCAAGAACCGUCACAUCUCAAGUUCAGAAAGGGCAUUUCAUUCCAAUCACAUCUUCCAAAGCCUUCUCCAGCUCACCUCAAACCAUCCACUCACCACAGCCGUAUCUCGUCCCAAGAUCAUUAUCACCGUUCCUCACCUCCUCGCCGCUACACGAACACACCCACAAGUGUGGCAGUGGCAUGACCCUUGAUGAAAACAAAACAAAGGACAUUAGUGAGAAGCAGUCCAGAAAUUCCAUAGAUGUUGAAGGAAAGGAGGUUAGUUUCUCUGACACCAUGGAAUCGUACAAGCACAAAGAAACUGUUAAUUUAGUCAUUUCAGAGUGUUCUGAGCCUCACUCCUCAGACACGACUCUGCAGUUCAGGGAAGACCAGGAGGAGGAGCUUUGCGAAGAGCUGCUGUCUAUCAUCCAAGGAAACCAAAACGGGGGCUUGCAGAAAGACACAGGGUUUUACAGACGAGCAGCAGAUGUAUUGGAGGAGCUUCCCAAACUCUAUAUAGAAGAAGAACCUGGAGAAACCAAAAAGACAUCCACACCAUCUAAAAGCAUAGCCCAUGUGACUAGUGAAGACUCAAAAUCAAGACAUAGUCAGAAAGAGGCCUUCGCCUCUCCAGGCAUGUCUUCACCGCUUUCUUCCUCCCCCUCAAACCUCCCGUUCAUUUCUUCAUUAUCGGUACACUCUUCAAAGUCCUCACCCUCUGCAUCUCCCCAGCCUGCUGUCACGCACUCCCCCCCUCUCUCCUCAAAACUCUCUCCCCGACUGGAGUCUAGGUCUCCGAAAUUGAAGCCUCUUUUAAAACGUGAUAUUGUAGUUGUUGGUAAACCUCCUCGUAGCCCUGUGAUGUCCAGGAGAUCCUGCGGCUCACCGGUUAGAGGUCAAAGCUUUUCACCGUCUCACAGGCCGCAGCUGCCAGUUUUAGUUCAAGACAACUUGCAUAGUGGGGGAGAACCGUUUCAGGUGUUAUAUAAUUAUACUCCGAGGAAUGAAGAUGAGUUAGAACUCAGCGAAGGGGACAUUGUUGAUGUCAUGGAAAAGUGUGAUGAUGGGUGGUUUGUUGGAACUUCUAGAAGAAACAAGUUCUUUGGUACCUUCCCAGGAAACUAUGUCAAGCGGUUAUAAUACUACUGAUUUGUAUCAGUGGUACCAUUUUUGUUCAGCACAACAACUGCAUUGGAUAUGAACAGUUCUAGAGGAAACAAAACACCCCAGAGAUUUUAUGUGUGUGUUUUCACACUAAAGAUAACCUUUAGCUAGAACUAGCCAUCUUCAUAGAAACCUAUUCCAGUAACGUUUUGAGUGAUUAUUGCUUUAUAUUCCACUCAUCCACUUAUAGCCAGGGAGAAAUGCAGUACAUUCAACAACAACAAAAAAAGGUUAGUUUCAAUCUGUGGAACAGAACACUAUGGAAACUUUGAAUUGUGCAGUUGAUUAUCUGUGCAAAGGACUUAAUCUCGUUAUUUAUUAGCAGUGGUGUUCUCUGAGUUACGAUGGAUGCAGAGAAUAACAAAUAUGAUGCCUAUGUGCAGAAAAUCUACAUUAAGCCACGUCAUAUAGACUUGUUGAAUGAUUUCAACAUUAAGUUAUUUCCACAUGCCCUAUUUGCCUUCAUGCUUGUUACAGGGUACAAUUUAAACUACCUUGUCAAAUUAGAGUAGGUACAUUUUAUACCUUCACACCACACGAAGAACAGGUUUCUAGUUUUUACUUGAGAUGUUAUUGGCAGUAAUGGAACCUGAUGCCGUAAGUAAGACAAAAGUGUAACCAGUGUGCAGUGUUAUACAUUAUUAGUGUCAAGCAUUAUAAUUUCUGUCAUUUUGAGGACUGUAGAUGUAAACCCAAAGUUUAGCAUAUUUCGGAGCAGGACAUAUAUAUAGAUUUCUACAUAUAUGUUUAAUAUAAAAUAGCCCUUACAUAUACAGUAUGUAUGAAAGGGGACUUUGGUAUGAGCUCAUGUAAUACAUAACACACCGGUCUGUGCAUUAUAUAUGUGGAACAUAAAUUGGCUUUAGACAUGAGUGGAUUGAGGAAAAGCCUCAGAAUCAUAAACUUUCUUUUUCAUUGGGUCAUUGGCAGAUUGUAUUGUAAUACUGCAACUUGUCUAUUAGUUUAAGUGUCCCAUUUCCCAGUUUUAAAACCAAAAGGUCAGUACGAAAGGACAUAUGCUGAUCCGUUAUGAGAAAACUUUUUUGGUGUUCUAAUGUGAAAAACACAACCGUGGAUUACAAUGGUUGGCCUCAGCAAUACUGUCAUUUAUAUUAAAAUAAUGAAUUUGUUGUGUUCAAUUUAGCACUUGCAGUAGGAACCUUUUGUCCGACACAUUUUAUUUUCCAGCUUGAGAAAUAUAUUAGUUGCUUCGUUAAAUGUGUGUUUUUUUUUUUGUUUUUUUUUAACAGGGCCUUAGCAAUCAAAAUCUGGACGUAGUAUAUUACUUUCAAGCCUUUUUAAAUGUUGUUUGUAAACUUAUUUAAAGCGUUGGAAUGUUCCCCAAACACAUUUUGUAAAAGUAUAUUUUGUCAGUAUAUUUUAAGACGUACAUUUUUUUUUUUUUUUGUUUUACUCAAAGGAGUGGAAAGAACAUUAGCUGCAAAGGUGCCAUUUAGCAAUUGGUUAGAGUAUUUGCUUUGCCAAUUAUCAUAUAUAUAUAUAUAUAUAUAUAUAUAUAUAUAUAUAUAUAUAUAUAUAUAUACAGUAUAUAUACACACACACUCAUUCAUAUUUGUUUUUUUCUUUGCAGCAAAGUAGUUAACUAGUAUAACAUAUUAUGUUAAAGAAAGUAUUGUGAGUCAUGUGCUCUGUGCAAUAUUAUGGCAGGCAACAAAGUGUAUGAAAAAAAGCUGUUUAGCACCUUACAGUUCCAUUAUUUUUGCAGCCUCCUUGUCAUGCCUGAACUUACCACAUUGUAUGUAUUCUCGCAUUUUGUAAGUGUGUUUUUUGUACGGAACUGUUAAGCUGUUAAGUAAAUUAAAUCCACUGCUUUAUAAAGUCUCUAUCACCCAG